GCUCGUGCUCCCCCCUCCCCACUGGAUCCGUACCCUUCGACAUGGAUGUCCCGCCGUCCCUCGACCCGGAGGAUUGUUGUUUCUUGGCGCAGUGAAAGAAGAGAAGGAGAAGGGGAAGGAGAAGGAAUCAUGCCGGGACUGCUAAUGGAUUUAGGGAAAGCGCAAGUGACCAUGCCGUGAUCUUGCGCAUCCAGGGCCGCCGUCACCCUGCCUUGCCCAACGAGCGUAGAAGAAUUUCGGGGGAAUCGAACCCGCGCACCGGGGGGAUUAAACCACUGUGCAUUUUUUUUAAACAACAUGAAGAUUACCUCCCAUCAUCUGAUGAUAAGCAGUCUCGUUUUCAGGUCCAACCUCAGGCUGAUCCCGCUUCUGCUGCUGUUUCUUGGUUACUCUCGCGGGAUGCCACACGUUUUAAGAUUUGGAGGAAUAUUUGAAUCCACUGAGAGCGGCCCUUCCGGAGCAGAGGAAUUAGCCUUUAAAUUUGCCUUGAACACAAUCAACAGGAACCGCACCUUGCUCCCCAACACCACGCUGACCUAUGACAUCCAGAGAAUAAACAUCUUCGACAGCUUUGAGGCCUCCAGGAAAGCAUGUGAUCAGCUUUCCCUCGGUGUGGCGGCCAUUUUUGGCCCCUCACACAGCUCCUCUGCCAACGCAGUCCAAUCCAUCUGCAAUGCUUUGGGAGUGCCCCACGUCCAGACCAAGUGGAAGCAUCAAAUCUCAGACAACCGGGACUCGUACUAUGUCAGCCUGUACCCCGACUUCUCGUCCCUCAGCAGAGCCAUCCUCGACCUGGUGCACUUCUUCAAGUGGAAAACCGUCACCGUGGUGUACGACGACAGCACAGGUACAGGUCUUAUUCGACUGCAGGAGCUGAUCAAGGCACCGUCACGAUACAACAUUCGUUUGAAGAUCCGACAGCUGCCCACCGAGACCAAGGAUGCCAAGCCACUUCUGAAGGAGAUGAAGAAGGCAAAGGAGUUCCAUGUCAUCUUUGAUUGUGGACAUGAGAUGGCUGCCUGGAUCCUAAAACAGGCCCUGGCCAUGGGUAUGAUGACAGAGUACUACCAUUAUAUUUUUACUACCCUGGACCUUUUUGCCCUCGACAUGGAGCCGUAUCGUUUUAGUGGAGUCAACAUGACCGGGUUCCGCAUCCUCAACACAGAAAACUCUCAGGUGUCGUCCAUCAUCGAGAAGUGGUCAAUGGAGCGGCUACAAGCCCCCCCCAAACCCGACUCAGGCCUGCUGGAUGGAUUCAUGACGACGGAUGCAGCGCUGAUGUACGACGCGGUGCACGUGGUGGCGGUGGCGGUGCAGCAGUCGCAGCAGAUCACGGUCAGCUCUCUGCAGUGUAACCGCCACAAGCCGUGGCGCUUCGGGGGGCGUUUCAUCAAUCUCAUCAAAGAGGCUCACUGGGACGGGUUGACAGGACGUGUUCUCUUCAACAAGACCAAUGGACUGAGGACAGAUUUCGACCUGGAUGUCGUCAGUCUGAAGGAGGAGGGGCUGGAAAAGAUUGGAACAUGGGAUCCUCCCAGCGGUCUGAAUAUGACAGAGUCUCACAGAAGCAAGACGUCCAACAUCACGGACUCUCUGGCUAACAAGUCCCUGCGUGUUUCCACCAUUCUGGAGGAGCCAUAUGUGAUGUUUAAAAAGUCGGACAAGCCUCUGUAUGGGAACGACCGUUUUGAAGGCUACUGUAUUGACCUGCUGAGGGAGCUCUCUGCCAUCCUGGGCUUUCGCUAUGAGGUGCGAUUAGUGGAAGAUGGGAAGUACGGCGCGCUGGAUGAAAGCACCGGCCAAUGGAACGGCAUGGUGCGAGAGCUAAUAGACCAUAAAUCAGACCUGGCGGUGGCUCCUCUGGCCAUCACCUACGUCCGGGAGAAGGUCAUCGACUUCUCCAAGCCCUACAUGACGCUGGGGAUAAGUAUCCUGUACCGCAAACCCAACGGCACCAACCCCGGGGUCUUCUCCUUCCUCAACCCCCUCUCACCUGAUAUCUGGAUGUAUAUUCUGCUGGCUUGCUUGGGUGUCAGUUGUGUGCUGUUUGUCAUAGCCAGGUUUAGCCCAUACGAGUGGUACAACCCGCAUCCAUGCAACCCAGACUCGGAUGUAGUGGAAAACAAUUUUACGCUGCUCAAUAGUUUCUGGUUUGGAGUUGGGGCUCUCAUGCAGCAAGGCUCAGAGCUCAUGCCCAAGGCGCUGUCGACUCGAAUAGUGGGAGGCAUCUGGUGGUUCUUCACCCUCAUCAUCAUUUCCUCCUAUACGGCCAACCUGGCUGCCUUCCUCACGGUGGAGAGGAUGGAGUCGCCCAUAGACUCUGCCGAUGACCUGGCCAAACAAACUAAGAUCCUGUACGGGGUGACGGAGGACGGCGCCACCAUGACUUUCUUCAAGAAAACUAAAAUCUCCACCUACGACAAGAUGUGGGAGUUCAUGAACAGCAGGAGGCAGUCUGUGAUGGUUAAGACGAUGGAAGAGGGAAUCCAGCGCGUCCUGACCUCCGACUACGCCUUCCUCAUGGAGUCCACCACCAUCGAGUUUGUCACCCAGCGCAACUGCAACCUCACACAGAUCGGAGGCCUCAUCGACUCCAAAGCGUACGGAGUGGGAACCCCGAUGGGCUCUCCCUACAGAGACAAGAUCACGAUAGCUAUUCUGCAGCUGCAGGAGGAAGGGAAGCUGCACAUGAUGAAGGAGAAGUGGUGGAGAGGGAACGGCUGUCCCGAGGAGGAGAGCAAGGAGGCCAGCGCUCUCGGGGUGCAGAACAUCGGAGGGAUCUUCAUCGUGCUGGCUGCAGGACUGGUGCUGUCCGUGUUUGUGGCCGUAGGGGAGGUGCUGUACAAGUCCAAUCAGAACGCCCAGCUGGAGAAGCGAUCAUUCUGCAGCGCCAUGAUGGAUGAGCUGCGUGUCUCUCUGAAGUGCCAACGCCGCCUCAAACAGAAGCCUCAGCCGCCCGUCAUCGUCAAGACGGAGGAGGUCAUUAACAUGCACACGUUCAACGACAGGAGACUCCCAGGAAAAGAAACCAUGGCAUGAACGCUGAGCAGACCCCGAACACACCCCUCGAUUAAAACCAUGGAGGGGAGACGGGGUCAAAAUAACGCUGACUUAACCGCAGACUGAGGUUAGCAGCCAGGACAGGAUUCCUUUUGAACCCACUUGCCUAUGUAGACGGAUGUUUCCUGUGGAAAUAUAGAUACCUGAGCAGUGUCACCUCACUGUGACGUUCACUUUUUGAAGGGAGCUGGAAAGGAAGGACUUAAAAAAAAAUAUGUAAAUUGAUAAAGGGAUCCAAGCAGUGUUUGGGUCAAAAUAUAAGUCUGGUCCACACUAGAAGUGGACUUAAAUACAUUUACAUAUCAGAUAAAUGCACACACAUAGGCACAGACACACAUAUACACACACAUACACAUACACACUCUCAUCUGACACACUUUAAACCUGUGCAGAAGGGGCAACUCUAUUGUGACAGUAACACCAGAUGUAGUUUUUCUGUUGAUGUCAAUGCCCUUUUGUCUUACCUCCAUGUGUGUUUGACUCCCUUCAGUGGCUUGAGUUUCUUUUAAAUGAUUUAAACAAACACUAAUCUCACACCAACAAAAGGGACCGGUAGUCAGUGCCAAAUGGUUUACUAUGAACCAAUGUAUAAAAGUGAUAUUUAGUUUGGAAUCAUCUGCCGACCUUGUCGAAUACUCAUCUUUCUUCUUCUGUAAUGCCUUUUUCUCGUGCCAAAGUUCUGCCAUUGUGAAGAACUUUUUUUUACCAUGCCUAUGAUUAAGUUCAAAGCCUCUACAAGCAAUGUAUACUGUCAACGUCCUUAUUCAUGUCCGUCAUUACACGCAGUUUUCACUCUGUAUCAGUUGUUGUUUGAAAAAUGCAGGAUUUCUACAAAAAUGUUUGUUUUUGUACAAGAACAAGAAGUUUUGUAGUACUUUGUAUCAUGGUAGCCCCUCCUGUGGACAAAAUAUGUAGCAGAUGCCAACUCAGCCCUCAAAUGAUGUCAACUGGUGGCUGUGGGGCUUCAAACUCUGCUGUGUAGGGUUCAUCUCUCUCAUCACUCUGAGAUCCAGUCUUUUGUCUGUCGGUAUCAUGGGGCCAGCUGUACAUACUGUCUGGGGACAAUGUGCUGGGGUUGGGUGGGUAAGAACAAUACAAUUAUAAACUAAAUGGUGUUCAAAGUAGGAAAGGCAUUGGCUUAUUCUGGAAAUUGUAGCUUCUGUUGGUUGACCACUGUAGCUAUGAUGAGUCACCAUGAAAGACGUAGUAAAACAUGCGUGUGUUGAAGAUACACACAGCUACUAAGCUACGAUGUUGUUACCAGGCUACAUUUCAGCUGUGGUAGACUGCAAAUGGUUUGAAAGUAGGUAUUUUUUAAGACAUAUUUAGGAAAAGUGCUGCACUGUAAAAAAAAUAAUUAAAGAAAUCCUCUCUUGAUCUUAGAAAAUGAUUGAAACUAGUGGAUUUCAUUGAUAAGGAAAAUGUUCCAAUAAUCCCACAGCACUGACCAAUUCUGUUAUAGAAAAAUAAGCAAAAAAAGAUUAUAUUUCCCUAUGAAUUAAAAAACUUAACACAAGGUCAAUUUAGUCCCAGUUCUGGAGCUUUUUAACAUAUCACAUUAUUUUCAUUAGCACCUUGUUUUUGCUCAGUUGCCAUUUCAACUUUCAACUGUCAACUUCUUAAGACAACAUGUUUUAAGUCCUAAAAGUGCUCAUAUAAAAAGGAAUGAUGUAAUAUCCAUCAUUCAAACUGGGAAACUCUGCUGAGGUAGAUCAUGUGAUAUUAUCAAAAGCUCCAGGGUAGCUACUAAUAAGUGGCGUACAUGUUUUCUCGACUGCUGUUUCCAAAUCCAGGAAUGAAUUUUGAACCUCAGUGACGGGCGACCUGUGAAUGUAUGUAACGGUACAACUGCAGUAAAUGUGAUGUGGGAAUAUUAAGCAGCUUCGAGGCACUUCCUGUAUGUUUCCAUAGUAAAUGUCUCAACUUGGCUAGCUGCGUCAUUUAUGUUCCCCAAAGUAGUCUCGAGCGACCCAGGGGUGUUGUUGUUAAUGAUAUCGUGUGGGCGGAGCAGAUUGUUUAUCCACUAAUUGUCUCCAGAUUCUCGUCACAAAUCACAUUUGGCCCCACGACACUUCUUAUCUGUUAAUGCUGUCCCAUGUUGUGAAAUGACAAGCAUACUUGGUAGGUUUCUUCUUCACUGCCCCUGUCUUCUUACACUAUCCUGUUAAUCAUUUGUUAUUCCAGGGAAGACAAAAAAAAAAA